AUGGCUCCCAUUUCCGCCAACCAGAAACUCAAAGACCCCAAGAACAAGAAGCAAGAUCUUUCCAGGGCCUCGAGCAUCUCCAAGCCAGAGCCUGAGAGCCCUGUGUCAGAUGCGAAUGGCAACGAGAAUCCUUACUUGAAGGACCUGCAAAAGUAUGUGAGCUGGAGCUUGCGAUCGCGUGAGCUUGCCGCUUCGGCUCUGACCUUCGAGCUAUGGAUUCCAGACCAAAACAUCUCAUUGAAACAGAAUGCCACCUCCAAAGUCGAUACGAUCCUCGCCGAGAACCCGGACAAGUCCCUCGAUGAACUCGUCGCUGAAAAGAAGAUCAAUGCCGACCAGAAGGCUCAGGCGCUGAAGAAACCUUCUCUCCAGGCUACCAUUUCCCAGAUCGAAGAGCAGAUUGGCCACUACAAACAGUUUGCCGCCCAAUGCGAGGAACGGCUGGCGAGCCAGAAGGCUGCGUUGGAGAAGACCCAUCGCGAAGAGCUGGAUGUUGUGCGCGGAAACGCCAUUGCCGACGCGACUGAAGCUGGCACAAAGGUGCUGCGGGAGCGACUUCUGACUCUGAGUAAAUUCCUGUGCGCGGCGGCGAAUAUGCGACGUGAUGGUGACGCCGAGUCCCUCGAGAGUCGUGCAUUUGAGGGCGUUCUUUUCCAGGUCUACGGUGGCUCCCAGGAUGCUGUCAAUGCCAUGGUGAAGUUGAUCGAUGGUGCGGACGAGAAGGUUCUGGGCGUCGAAGGAGAAACGCUGGAGCUCAACUAUGGCGACGUGAAACAAGCAUCGAACAAGUAUGCGCCCGUCGAGGAGACCCCGUCGGAGCCCACUACGGCAACAGUCACCUCGGACCCGACUCUGGCCAACGCGGGCCUCACCGAGCUUCAGGAUACUUCGAUUGGUGGCGAGGCUGCAAUCACUGCCAAUGUCGCACCCAGUGCCACCGCGCAAACUGACCAGGUGGCCCCGCCUGCCCAGACCCUGGUGUCGGAUGCUGCGAACCCUGUGGCGGAGUCGACUUACAAUCCUAAUUCGUUCACUUCGUCGGCAACUACCAACGGCUUGGUCGAGAUCCCUCGUGACCCCGCAGAGACCGACACUGGCCUUCAAGCUACUCCGGCAACUGUGGACAUGGGAAUGAAGAACAACCCGACCGCCGCUGAGGCGUCGGGUCACGGUGCGCAGGGUGCUGGCUCCAAAGCCCAGUCCGGGGGACGGGGCCGCGGUGGACGUGGACGCGGACGUGGCGAAGGAUUCCGCGGUCGGGGUCGUGGUGAUUUCCGGGGUCGUGGACGUGGUGGACGUGGUGGCCGCGGACGCGGUGGAAGAAACAGCCCGGCGGGAGAAGCACCCGCAGCCGACAACCAGUGA